AUGGGUUCAUGUAAUUCAAAAAAGUAGAAAAGAAUAAUCUUGGAUAAAUAACAUUAAUCGACAACUUCUAAUAGUGUAACUCCAAUGAAACCAAAAAACAUAACUUUAAAUUUACAAAAAAACUAAUUUGACGAUUAAGAGGGUAAAGAAAAAGAAGAACUCAAAGAUGAAUAAAAUAUCUUCUCUCCACCAAAACUUUAUUUUAAUGGAAAUCAAGUGAAAUCUUAGAGAGAGAGUGUUAUUGGGAGACCAAAAGUUUAGAGUAUAAGACUGAACUAAUCAAACCAAAAAAAUUAAAAAAUAGAAGUCUUUUUUGGGAGAAAGGUUCGUUAUUCCCAUUUUCAUUUGUAAAAAUGA